GAACCAUAUGCUUCUUCAUCAUUCAGUUCGAUUCAAUUUGAAGAUCUCAUCUCACUCAACUAUGAAAUAUAUAAUCUCAGCUCUUUGCUGCGUUGCAGUAGUUGUGGCAGAUAAGCUCAACAAUGUCUAUCUUCCCCCCUCAAGUUCCAUUUCUGCAGGAGGAAAUGGAAAUAUCCUGAGGACUCCAUUUACCCAGACUUUCAUUCAACCAGGACGUAAAAUUUUCUCUGGAACCUACCAAACCGCUCAACAAGCCAAUGUUUACACUAACCAACAGCAAUCUUCUUUCAACAACUACGCUAGAGCUUCUGGUCAACCACAAAUCGCUAUCUUGAGAUUCAACAACGAAAACAAUGGUGAUGGAACUUAUAGAUUCGAAUACGAGACCGAAAACAAAAUAGCUCAGCAGGAAUCAGGACAACUUAAAAACGCUGGAACUGACCAGGAAAGCAGUGUGGUUCAAGGAUCCUACUCCUAUGUUGGUCAAGAUGGUCAAACUUACACCAUCAACUACAUAGCUGAUGAACUUGGUUUCAGAGCUACUGGUGCUCAUCUUCCUGUUGCUCCAGAAAUCCCUGAAGAGAUCAAGAAAUCCCUUGUACUAAAUGCUGCUGAGGAGGCUAGAGGAAUCGUCAAUAAUGGACAAUACAGACCCAACCCAUCUGAAAGAAUUUAUAAUGCUCAAUUCAACAAUGCUCAAAUCAAUCGUCAAUACUUGGCUCCCAAAGUACAAGGAAGCUACCAACAACAUCAGGGUGGAUAUAGAUACUGAUUCAUUUUAUGAGUGGUUUUGUUGCAUUUGCUCCUUUGAAUACACAUGUUUGUCAAAUGUUGUUAAUAAAAAGUAAUUUAUUCUA